AUGGCGGGGUGGUUUGGGUCCGGCACAACGGCCUUCGAUGAACAGAUCGAGAAGGCCACCUCCUCCGCUCUGGAGGAUAUGGCGGCAAACCUCGAAAUAUGCGACCUCAUCAGAAGCAAACAGGUUGCCCCCAAGGAAGCCAUGCGCUCUCUCAAACGGAGGAUAGGCAACAAGAAUCCAAACAUCCAGCUCGCUGCUUUGCAGUUGACGGACGCCUGCGUGAAGAACGGAGGAUCCCACUUUCUGCAGGAAAUCGCCUCCAGGGAGUUCAUCGACAACCUCGUCUCGCUCAUGAACGCCUCCGCUCAACCCCUUAACCUCGACGUCAAAUUUAAAAUCCUCGAACUAAUCCAAGGCUGGACGAUCGCUUUUGAAGGCCAACCUUCCCUAUCUCACGUCGGCGAGACCUAUCGUCUACUCAAAGCCGAUGGCUACCAGUUUCCUCCCCCGCCCUCUCAGAUUUCUAAGGCCUUCGUCGACUCUUCUGCUCCGCCGGAAUGGGCGGACUCGGAUGUCUGCCUCGGGUGCCGGAACUCCUUUACUAUGAUGAACCGCAAACAUCACUGCCGAAACUGUGGAAACGUCUUCUGCGGUACAUGUUCCUCGAAAACGCUACCCCUCGUACAUAUCGGAAUACCUCAGGCAGUUAGGGUCUGUGAUGGCUGCCAUAACAAGCUCACCCGAAAAGAAAUAUCCAAACCCAUCCUGCAUCAGCAGCAGCACCACCAUCAGCAAAUCCAAGGCCGUAACUAUUCCGGACCAGGAUACAUGCAGCCCAGAGAUGCCCGUGUUCAAGAUGAAAGCGGUUUCGACGCCGACCUUAGGAUGGCUCUCAAGAUGUCUGAAGAAGAAGCUCGUGGUGGGAAAGGUAGCUCUGGUUACGUCUCCCAGUCUCAGUUAAAAGCCAUGGGCGAGAAUAACAAGCAAUCCGACACCAAAGCCUCUUCCUCGGCGCCCCAGCCAAAGCAGCAGACCGAGGAGGAAGAAGACGACGAAUUAAAAGCAGCUAUCGCUGCCUCGCUCGCCGAUAUGGAAGAGCAAAAGAAGAAAUCUGCUUGGAAUAACCCUGCUGCUGCCGCUAGCGCCCAACCUGCGACCGUUGCCGCUGUACGACCAGACUACGAACUUUCUCCGACAGAGGCUGAGAACAUCAACCUAUUUUCCACGCUGGUCCAUAAGUUGCAAAGCCAGCCCCCUGGAACAAUUCUCCGGGAGCCUGCGAUUCAGGAACUAUACGAGAGUAUUGGAAAGUUAAGACCCAAACUGGCUAGAACGUUCGGGGAGACCAUGAGUAAAUAUGAGGCGCUCUGUGACUUGCAUGCGAAACUUGCAACGGUGGUACGGUACUACGAUAAGAUGCUAGAAGACCGGUUAUCAUAUACCUACUCCCGUCAUGGUCUCGGAAACACAUCCUACGCCGCCCGACCAUCUUAUGCAAAUGUUCCUCAAAACGCCGAAAGCUUCUACGGCGCACAGUUCUCUACCCCGGCCCCAGUUGAGACCCCUUACUCCCGGCCGCAAUCCACAUAUCAAGUUCUGCCAUCACAACGGCAAUCACAAUACCAGCCUACGCCGCCCGUACAGUAUGCACAACCGACAGGUGUAACAUCCCAAGAGUCCCAGAAAUACAACAUGUACCCCUCGAUGCCAUCACAGCAGCAGCAGCAGCAACCGCCUGGCGCUUACCCCUCUUUGACCUCCCCACCUCCUCAGCAACAACAGGCAUAUCCGCCUCAAAUACCAAAUGGCCAGUCUGCAUCGACUCCACAGGUUCAAGAGCGACAGCCCAAUCAAACUCCGCAAUCGGACUAUCCGCCCUCCGCAUACUCUUCCAUACCCCCCCAAACCCCGCGAACAGAGUAUGCACCACCUCAACAGCUUCCACAACAGCCUACAGGACCCUCACAGCCAUCUGAAUCACAAAUGAAAUCCACGCAGUCAUAUCCACCCCAGGAUCCUUAUCAACAAUACCAAGCCCCUCAGCAGUUACCACAGUCCCAACCCUCAUACCCCCCUCAAGAACAAUCGCAGCAACCACAACCACCACAGCAGCAGCAGCAGCAGUAUUGGCAAUAUUCUCAACAUCAGCAGCCCGCGCAAGAAGCAACAUCUACACCCUCCUAUCCGCCACAGUCGGUCAAUUCACCACCCGCACAACAAUGGCAGCCACCGCCACAGACACAAGCGCCACAGAACCAACCCCUGCAGCAGCAACCACAGACACAGGUGCAAGAAUCGGUAUCAACCGAUUUUUACAAUUCAUACCCCCCUCAGCCGCAGCAGCAGCAGCAGGUACCCCCGCAUGCGUAUUACCAACCACCAGCGCAGAAACCAAUAGAACAGCAGCCAGUGCAUUCGCCACCUGUCGUAGCGGAGAAUUUGAUUGAUCUAUAG